AUGAGAAAGCGGAGGACCAACAUGGGAUGGAUUCCAGAUCGGCGGAUGAGGCACAUCACCUUCUCCAAGAGAAGGAAGGGCCUCUUCAAAAAAGCGCAGCAGCUUUGCCGUCUCACUGGUGCCACCGUCGGCAUCGUCUGCUUCAACGAGGUAGGGAAUCCUUUUACCUUCGUCUACCCUCCUCUAGCGAAUGCCAAUGCACCACGGUCAUUCCGGGAGGAAACUACCACCCGUGGCCGUGGAAGAAUCCAAAUCCUUUUCAGAGGAGAUAAUCAGCAGAGACCUUCCACAACCAGCAGCAGCAAUGACAACUUUGGAGCAUCGCUCGAGCAUGGUGGUGGUGCUAUAGCCUUUGAUCCCAACAGCUUCGAUUUUGGGUCAUCCUCAGGUUGUGUGGUAGAAGAUGAACCUGGGGUGAGUUUUCUGGAUCAGAUGCAAAACAUGGAUGAGGAAGAGACUGCUUUUCUAGACUCGGUUCUUGGCCAACCAAUGGUAGAAGAACAAGGACUGGUGGACUCGAGCGUCUGCUUGCCUGCCUCUACCGCUAUCGCCAUCGAUCGAUGCUCUUUUGUCAUCGCCACCAUCCUCAUUUGGGUGGAACGACAGUCUUGA